AACACAGAAUGCAAUCAGUCAAGACCAACGAUUUGCCGGAAAAUCCGCGCGAACGUGCCAAUGUGAUAUCAGCGUUUUGUUUUUGGUUCACGUUACCGAUAUUUUUCAAAGGCCGUAAAAAGACUCUUGAUACAAGAGAUUUGUACAAGGCGUUGACGGUGCACAAAUCAGAAACGCUGGGCAAUGAUUUGAGUGCAGCAUGGGAGCAAGAAUUGAAGCGAAAGUCAACAUCGAAACGAGGUCCAAGCCUGUUAAAGGCCACAACACGUGUCUUCGGUUGUCGUUAUGCACUUUUAGGUCUCGUACUUCUCAUUUUAGAAUUGGGUCUAAGAGCGUUACAGCCACUAUUUCUAUUAGGCCUAAUUGCGUUCUACUCGCAAGGCGGAGAAAAUAUCAACACCGCUUAUCUGUAUGCAGUUGGUGUGAUACUCUUUAGUGCUAUAAAUGUGAUCGUAAUGCAUCCCUACAUGCUGGGCACAAUGCAUACGGGCAUGAAGAUACGCGUCGCCAUGUGCAGUAUGAUUUAUAGGAAAGCGCUGCGCCUCAGUCGUACAGCUUUGGGCGAGACUACUGCUGGCCAAGUGGUGAAUUUGAUAUCGAACGAUGUGGGCCGUUUAGAUUUAGCUAUGAUUUUUAUACAUUACCUUUGGAUUGGCCCACUGGAAACGAUAUUCAUUACCUAUUUGAUGUCAAUUGAGAUUGGCGUUUCGGCUUCGUUCGGUGUUGCCUUCAUGCUGCUCUUCAUUCCACUUCAAGGUUGGCUGGGCAAGAAGACGUCAGUGUUACGCUUGCGUACCGCUUUGCGCACAGACGAUCGCGUUCGCAUGAUGAACGAAAUCAUUUCGGGCAUACAGGUGAUCAAGAUGUAUGCAUGGGAAAUACCAUUCGGCAAAAUGGUGGCAUAUGCGCGCAAAAAGGAAAUCAAUGCCAUACGAAAAGUGUCGUAUAUACGCGGUGUACUGCUGUCGUUCAUCAUGUUUUUGACGCGCGUCUCCGUCUUUCUCAGCUUAGUUGGCUAUGUGCUAUUACAAAAGGUGCUGACGCCGGAGAAGGCUUUUGUCAUUACGGCUUAUUAUAAUAUUUUGCGCACAACUAUGACGGUGUUCUUUCCCCAAGGCAUUUCACAGCUGGCCGAGGCGCUGGUGUCCAUUAAGCGUAUACAAAAGUUCAUGCUGUACGAAGAGACUGACAUCGUUGACAAGUCCGUCGAUAAUCCCAACUAUCCAGGCAGCAAUCAGUCUACCGUGCUCAAGGACGAUGAAAAGGCACUCGACGGACAUGAGCCGGAGAAGGCGUUCGCUUCCAAUGGACACGCUACACUCUCAGAGGCGGGCAUUGUGUUGAGCAAUGUGAAGGCUAAAUGGGAUCGCAACUCAGCGGAGUACACAUUGGACGAUGUGAAUUUGCGUGUGCAACCGGGCACAUUGGUUGCAAUAAUUGGACCGGUGGGUUCGGGGAAAUCUAGUUUGAUGCAGAGCAUUCUCGGCGAGUUGCGUCCAGAGUCGGGCACCAUUAAGGUGAAUGGCACCUUUUCGUAUGCCUCACAAGAGCCGUGGCUUUUUACCGGCACCGUACGCCAGAACAUACUAUUCGGUCAGCCGAUGAAUCGUCGCCGCUAUCAACAGGUGGUGAAGAAAUGCGCGCUGGAACGCGAUUUCGAGCUUUUGCCAUAUGGCGACAAGACCAUAGUGGGCGAGCGUGGCGCAUCGCUUUCGGGUGGUCAGAAGGCGCGUAUCAGCUUGGCGCGUGCUGUCUACCGUCAGACCUCCAUAUACCUGCUUGACGAUCCGCUGAGUGCGGUGGACACACAUGUGGGACGACAUCUCUUCGAUCAGUGCAUGCGUGGAUUUCUACGCGAACACAUCGUGGUGCUGGUCACACAUCAGCUGCAAUUCCUGCAGCAAGCCGAUCAAAUCGUCAUUAUGGAUAAGGGGCACGUAAGCGCGGUGGGCACUUACGAUUCGCUGCGUGAAUCCGGUUUAGAUUUUGCGAACUUGUUGGCGGACCCCGAAAGGGAAGAGGCGGCGGCGGCGGUUGAAGAGAAGACACGUACGCGCUCCGGCAGCAAAGUGUAUAGCAAUCGGCGAAAUAGUGAGGCGUCGUUGAGUUCGGUGGCGGAAUCAUAUUUCGAUGACACGCCAACGCAGCAGCAGGAGACACAGGAGGAGGGCAAAAUCGGUUUGGAUUUAUAUCAGAAGUAUUUUAGAGCCGGUGGCGGCUUUUUUGCAUUCUUUGUUAUGCUAUUCUUCUGCGUUUUGGCGCAGGUGCUGGCCUCUGCCGGAGAUUGGUUCCUGUCAUACUGGGUCGCCAAAAAAGGACGAAAUGAAGUGGUGCUAGCGGGAAACCUCAACUCCACCCGCCUCGGCGACUCAAUUGAUAAUUUCAAUGAUACGACCACAUUGCCACCGGUACCUUUGCCGGCGCAAGAAUCGAAAUUCGCGACAUUGUUACGCGAUGUGGGCGUAAAUGUCGAUGCUGAGAUGCUGGACAUUUAUAUUUUCACCGCAAUUACGGUGGCCACCAUUGUCAUUACGCUGGCGCGCAGCUUCCUCUUCUUCAAUGUCGCCAUGAAAGCUUCCACGAAUCUGCACAACGCCAUGUUCCGCGGCAUAACACGUGCGGCCAUGUACUUCUUCAACACAAACCCUUCCGGUCGCAUACUGAAUCGCUUUUCCAAAGAUAUGGGACAAGUAGAUGAGAUAUUGCCCGCGGUAAUGAUGGACGUCAUACAAAUAUUCCUCUCACUUUUCGGCAUCGUGAUUGUGAUUGCUAUUGUAAAUCCACUUUUUCUGCUACCAACUGCCAUAUUGGCAGUAAUGUUCUACUAUUUGAGAUCGUUCUACUUGAAGACAUCGCGGGACAUUAAGCGACUGGAAGCGAUUACGCGCUCGCCAGUCUAUUCGCACAUGGCUGCCUCGCUCGCCGGCCUGCCGACGAUACGCGCAUAUGGCGCACAACGCGUGCUCAUAUGGGAAUUCGACAACUAUCAGGACAUGCAUAGCUCCGCAUUUUACCUGUUCAUCUCCACGUCACGUGCCUUCGGCUAUUGGCUCGACUGUUGUUGCGUAGUCUAUAUUGCCAUAAUAACUUUGAGUUUCUUUCUAUUCCCACCGGAAAAUGGCGGCGAUGUCGGCUUGGCCAUCACACAAGCCAUGGGCAUGACGGGCAUGGUGCAGUGGGGUAUGCGUCAAUCAGCUGAGCUGGAAAACACAAUGACUGCAGUGGAACGUGUUGUGGAAUAUGAUGAUAUUGAGCCAGAGGGUGAACUGGAGUCACCAGCUGAUAAGAAACCACCAAAAACCUGGCCUGAGGAGGGUAAAAUCGUAUUCGAUGAAUUGAGUUUACGUUACCUCCCCGACCCGAAGGCGGAAUAUGUACUGAAAUCACUCAACUUUGUAAUUAAGCCAUGCGAAAAAGUGGGCAUUGUGGGACGCACGGGCGCAGGCAAGUCGUCAUUGAUCAAUGCGCUAUUUCGGCUAUCCUACAAUGACGGUUCGAUCAUUAUUGAUUCGCGCGAUACCAAAGAUAUGGGUUUGCAUGAUUUGCGCAGCAAGGUUUCAAUUAUACCACAGGAGCCGGUACUGUUCUCGGGCACAAUGCGUUACAACUUGGAUCCGUUCGAUGAAUAUACGGAUGCCAAAUUGUGGGAGGCACUUGAGGAGGUGAAAUUGAAGCAAGUCGUCGCCGAAUUGCCCAGUGGUCUGCAGAGUAAAAUCUCCGAAGGUGGCGCAAACUUUAGUGUUGGUCAACGUCAAUUAGUGUGCUUAGCACGUGCUAUUCUACGCGAAAAUCGCAUUUUGGUCUUGGACGAGGCAACAGCCAAUGUAGAUCCCCAAACGGAUGCACUCAUACAAUUGACAAUACGGGAUAAAUUUAAAAAUUGUACUGUACUCACAAUUGCACAUCGGCUUAAUACAGUUAUGGACUCCGAUAAGGUGCUGGUUAUGGAUGCUGGCCAAGUGGUGGAAUUCGGUUCGCCACAUGAGCUGCUAACAAAGAGUGAAGCGAAAAUCUUCCAUAGCAUGGUGCAGCAGACGGGCAAAUCAACUGCGGAGAAUCUAAUGAAAAUUGCGCAGAAAGCACAUGAACAAAACGCCAAGUCGAAAAUGGAUUAGUUGGAUUUCUCAAAAUUACAAGCCAAAUGUAACAAAGUUAAGAUUGCCAAGCGAAAGCUUUUUUUUCACUCAUUGUCAAUAGAAAUGUGAUCUGCAUUAGGAAUUUUUAUUAUAGAUAUAAUUUACCGUCGCAGAUACUAUGUCGAAUCACAUACAUAUCAGUGAACUUUUGGAAAAACAGCCCAUUUUUAUUUAGCAAUUUUUGUUUGUACAGCUCUAACGCAUUGGAUUUUAAGCAGAAAUGUAAUUUGUAUUUUAAUGUGGGUGUUCACAUCUGCCUGGUUAUCAAGUUAUCUGAUUUAAAAUUAUUGUUUGCUAGUGCUUUCGUUAAAGCAUAAAAGCAGGCCUUAACAGAGAACCGGCUUUGAUAGGAGCAGCGUUUAACUUUCCACAUCGAGAUUUUAAUACCCUUUUAGGCAGAAAUUAGUUCAACAUAUUUUAAUAAGAAAAAGUUGUCAGUGAUACAAAGUAUACAAUUUUAAAAACUAAUUUGGUAGCUUGUUUAAAAGUUCACAGAUAUGUAGGCAUGUAUUUAAAGUUUUCAACAUUUAUGUUGUCUUGUAUGUAAACUUGCCUUCACACAUACGUACAUACAUAUGUGUGUGCAUACAUACAUAUACACGUCGUGCAUAAAGUACUCGUCAUAAAAACCACUAUUUUUAUAAGUCUCUAAGGUAACAUUUAUAAGUUAAAUUGUUCAUUUUUUUGUAAUUUGUGUACAGCUUUAAAUUUUAGUUUUCGUAAUUGUAAAUGUGAAACAAAAACAUUUGUUUAUUUUAGUUUUAAGUAAAUAGUGCGAAAAUUUCCAAGAUGCAACACUGGAUGGUCCUUUUAGAACUAAAUAUAGAUAUAUUUUGUACAAUGUAUAUUAA